AUGUGGCAAGGAGACGUCUGCGUACUCGGCGGCGCGUUGUUGUUCGCUGAGAUUCCCUCAAUUGGAAGGACUUUGAUAUUUCUCAUCGAGGUUGCAUUCGACGAUAUACUUGAUUCGAACAUUUCCAACACCAAUCAAAAACCGGGCACAGCACAACACGACUCGACAGUUGUUGUGGCCGUCAUCAUCAUUAAAACACCCUCGAAAUUGGACGAAGUGAGAAAUUGCGUAAACUGGACUGGACCGAGCGUGUUUCUGUUGACGAGACAGACGCUUUUAUCCAAGGAAGAUAGUGUCAAUUCUGCCUUCUCCCGCCUCGAUUCCUCCACGAUAUUCGCAUUUGGUGCAGUGGGUGUUCCAGGGCGAAAGGAAAUUACCAGUCUCCAAGCACCGUCAACCAUUGAUCUUUCUCCUGCGCUGGCAGCCACGCUCCUGACUGGACAACAUCCAACACACACAUUCACGCGCAGAACCUGUGGCGGUCUCCAACACCCACAGCAGUUGCUCGCCGUCGAUCUUCAAUCUUCAAUCUUCAAUCCAACAUCAACAAACUCAGAACCCCCCCCCAAUCUGCGAGCCCCGUACCGCCUGCGCAUCUGCGACAAUCGGUCCCUUUUGAUUGUUGUUGUUGUUGCUGCUGCUGCUGUUGAUUCACUCUCACACGCCCGAGCAGAGUGA